UCACGCUGCUGCUGGGUCCACAGUGUGACAUGGGUCCCUGUACCGCCUCCCAUUGCUGCUGUUUCCAUCACCACACUCUGCCAUGUGCCACUUUCAGGUCUCCUCACACUCCUGCUGGUUUCCAUUUUGUCAUAGGUUGCUGGCAGAUUACAGGCCUCCCAUAGGUGCUGCCAGGCCCCAAAUCUGCCAUGGGCCCCCGUACCGCCUGGUCACGCUGCUGCUGGGUCCACAGUGUGACAUGGGUCCCUGUACCGCCUCCCAUUGCUGCUGUUUCCAUCACCACACUCUGCCAUGUGCCACUUUCAGGUCUCCUCACACUCCUGCUGGUUUUUUCCAUUUUGUC